UACCGGCGGCGCGUUGGCGGAGAUAAGCCAGGCAGAGGGUUUGUUUACAUCGCCAGUGUGGAGCCCAGUGUCUGUGAAAGUUUACACACUCCUCCUUCGCCAGUCGUUCCUUCAUCCUGCGAAAACUCAGCUGCAUUUUCCUUCCGCAAGUGGACGAAUCAGCCGAGGCCGGUACCGCACGACUGUCUCCGUGAGUGGAAAGGAGAAAAGAAGGAAGCGUGGAAAGAGUGAAGGAAUGAAGGCACCUGGACGGAAGGAAUAGAGAUAAUUCAAUCAAAUAUAUAUAAAAAAAAAAAAAGCUAGAGAAAAAACGAUAAAAAAUAGAAAAAAAAACUAAGGAUAUACGUACAGAUAAAAAACGGAAAAGAGAGAGUAAGAGAAAGAGAAAGAGAAAGAGAGAGAAAGAGAGGAGCAAAACACUAGCAAGCAAUCUUCAAACAGUUACGCGGCCUAGUUCACAUGUUCACGGCCUAAUUUCAAGUCCACACCAGCCGGCUGCUACCACGUCCCAUCUGUGUUGUAAUCCCAAGGACACGAUUAGCUACUUUGCCCUCCCAACCCUGUUACCCCGAGCUAUGCCUAUCAACUCCCGUCCUUCAGCCAGCCGCCACACGCACAGGCUGCCGCCUCUUCCACAAGGUCAAGAGACGCGCAGCCCUCACCAGAGUCCCCCGCACCCUCACGCCUUUGGGUCUCAUUACAAGGUGUGCAUCAAGAGCCCCGACAAGUCCCCCAGGGUGCCGCGUCCCUCUGGGGUCGUGGCGCCGGGCCUUGCUGUGAACGGGAGGAACAAUAUGAACAGCCACGACCUCCCACUAACGGCCGAGGACAUGACGGGCGAGGCGGUGGGCCAGUACCUGCGAGCACACCCCGAGUUUCUGGAGUCGUGGCUCAUGGAACAAGUGGAGCUGGAGACGUUGGAGAGAUGGAUGAUUCGACGCACUCAACGAGACAAACAGAAAAGCUUGGAGAAUGAUACUAACGGUAAAAUCAUCAGGAAGACAAGCUUAUCCAGAUGGAAGUUCUGCGUGCACGCUGACAAACGCAAGAUGCUGCAGGAACUCACGUCCUCCCUAUACGUGAGACCUAACAAGCCACACGUCCUGUGGGAGCUCACCCGCUGCAUCUCUUCGGCAGUAAACGCAGACGGCUGUAACCUCUACCUCGCUGACCUAGAUACGAACACUCUCAGACGCUAUGUCGAAAGUAAAGACGGGGAAGGAGACAGCACGGGGUGGAGCUGCGGGGUGAUGGGCGGGGAGUGGCUCUGCGGGUGGGUCGCCAGCUCUCGCCAGGCAGUGCGUGUAACCUAUCCCAUCACUGACCCAAGGUUCCCAAAAGGAUGCCCCUUCGCUGAGGAGCAGGAGGUGCACCACGCCCUGGUGAUGGCAGUGAUGCAGAGUGACGGAGAGCUGGCGGCGGUACUGGAGUUGUACAGGCGGCGAGGUAGCGAGUCCUUCCACACGGAGGACGAGGAGAUUGUCAAUUCGUACCUGGUGUGGGGUGGCAUCGCGCUGCACUACGCCGAGCUCUACCACAGCAUGGUGAAGCAACGCACCCUCAAUGAGUUCAUCCUCUCCGUUGUAAAAUCGAUCUUCCAGGACAUGGUGAGCAUGGACACCCUCAUAAUGAAAGUGAUGAACUUCGCCCAGAGGCUUGUGAACGCUGACCGCGCUUCGCUCUUUCUCGUCGACUCCAAGAACAAACAACUGUACGCUCGCAUCUUCGACAUGGGCAGCGAAUUCAGUGAAGACAAUCCCCAGCAGUCGUUCAAGGAGAUCAGGUUCGCAAUAGGGACUGGUAUCGCUGGCAUCGUGGCUCAGAACGGAGAGGUGCUCAACAUUCCAGACGCUUACGCCGACCCUCGCUUCAACCGCACCGUGGACCAACUCACGGGCUAUGUCACCAAGUCCAUCCUGUGCAUGCCCAUCUUCAUCAGAGGCAACGUGAUUGGCGUCAUGCAGAUGGUCAACAAGGCCUCAGGGGUGUUCAACAAGGAGGACGAAGAAUCUUUUCAAAUGUUCGCCAUCUACUGCGGCCUCGCCCUCCACCAUGCGAAGCUCUAUGACAAGAUUCGACGCUCCGAACAAAAGUACAAGGUAGCACUCGAGGUUCUCAGUUACCACAACUCUUGCUCUGACGACGAGCUUGAUGCCCUGCAAGCUGAAAGCGUAACCAAGCAUAUCCCGGGGGUGGACGACUACUACUUCUGCGCCAUGAACCUGGAGGACAUGACCAAGGUGCGCCACGCCAUCUAUAUGUUCGUGGACCUGUUCGGACUGUCCCGCUUCGAUAAGGACUGCCUCAUCCGCUUCACACUGACCGUCAAGAAGAACUACCGCCGUGUUCCCUACCACAACUGGACACACGGGUUUAGUGUGGCCAACGCGAUGUAUGCGAUCAUCAAGCAUAACCCAAAGAGCUUCCGACCACUCGAGUGCCUGGCGUUAUUCAUUGGUUCCUUGUGCCACGACCUAGACCCGGGGAAGAACAAUAAAUUCAUGUUGGAGACGGAGAGCCCCUUAGCGGCCAUCUACACCACCUCCACUCUCGAACACCAUCACUUCAACCAGACGGUCACCAUUCUGCAGCAGGAGGGACACAACAUCUUUGGGAAGCUCACCUCCACGGAGUACAAGCAGGUCCUUGGCAACAUCAAGCACUGUAUCCUCGCAACGGAUCUCGCCCUCUUCUUCCCCAACAAGGAGAAACUGUCUCAGCUGGUGCAUGAUGGGCAGUUUGAUUGGGACAGCGCGGACCACCGGAUGCUGAUUGAGGCCAUAGCGAUGACGGCCUGUGACCUCUGUGCCUCCGCUAAGCCGUGGGAGAUGCAAGCGGAGACGGUCAAAGUUAUAUUCGAGGAGUUUUACGAGCAGGGAGACGCCGAGAAAGCCGCGGGGAAAAACCCAAUUCCUAUGAUGGACCGGACAAAGGUGAACGAACAGGCGGAGUCACAGGUCGGGUUCCUAUCGGGCAUCUGCAUCCCUUGCUACGAACUACUACACAAACUCAUCCCUAACACGCAGCCACUGCUGGAAGGCUGCAAGUCCAACCUACAAACAUGGAAGAAGAUUGCAGAUGAGAAGCGGAAGGUGACGAAGAACAGUGAUGGGGAAGGCGAGGAGGAAACGGACACGGGUAUCGAGGAGGUGAACGAGGAAGAGGAAGAGGAGGGAGUUGAGGCUCUACAAGACAUUAAGGACGAGUGUGUCGACGGCAAAACUGGAACAUAGAGUGACGCUCAGUGAAAGCGUCAUCGAACUUCAGAGAGCACCUAUACGAGAGAGAGAGAGAGAGAGAGAGAGAGAGAGAGAGAGAGAGAGAGAGAGAGAGAGAGAGAGAGAGAGACUCCUCAAUAUGCCAGAUAAGACUGGAGGGCAUAUAAUAGUGCAUAUCAUUUAAAUCCAGUGAAACCCAAGCGAAGGAAAACAGAGAAAUAAGUGUACCGCGUUGUACCUGGUGUGCUUGUACUUCUCAGUGACGCUACGUAAUGGUACCACUGUGCUACAACCUCUCAGACUUGGAUGCUCUUUAUUCCUACAUUUCUUCCUCUCGUGGGACUGAGAAGGGACAAAUUUUCGAACCCCCCAAAACAGGUGACUAUAUGGUAUUUAUGAACUUUUCCUUCGUGGUCAGUUCUGAGUGAAGGGAAAGAACAGAGAGAAGGAAGAGAAGAAAGGAGGAAUAGCAGGAGACACAGGGUACAAAAGUUACAGACUAGUCCAGGAUUCACUACAGUGUCGCAUUGAAACACACACACACACACACACACACACACACACACACACACACACACACACACACACACACACACACACACACACACACACACACACAUCUUGCCAUAUUCUUAAGACAAGUGCCACUUCACAACUUGAGAAAAUUUAGUGCCAUAAUUUUACUGAAUAAGAAUAGCGAUUGUCUACUUCAUCUAGAAAGCUUACAAAAAAUAAAACAUGUGUCACAGUAUUUAUAAGCAUUUAUCUUAAAGUGAUUAUUUUUCUUCUGUUUUCUCUUUUCUUCUUUCAACUUUCUUGCAUUUCAGUGGAUUACCAACAUCCUUCAACAUAGGUGCAAUUUAAACUAGGAAUAUUUGAUAUGUAUGCAUGUUCAUGUUCUUGCCAUAAUGUUAAUGUUUGAUCUAAUUUUAUUUGGUGGAAAAGAAUGUACGAUUUCGUUACUAUCUUCGUUCGUCAUUAGCUGCUUGCUUCUUUAAGAACAUUAGGGAAACUAUGAUUAUAUUCACCGACGAUGUUAUUAACUAUGAGAGUUUCUAAAUUCAAUAAUUAAAUACAGAGGGAAAAAAGCAGAAAUUAAUCGAGACAGUGUCAGUAAGUCGAGCAACGUUCGAGAAACUGAUCCGUAUGAUGUUCAACGAUUAAUCACUCUUAAUUCUCUUUUGUAACAUGUAAAUAUGUAUGUAGUAACGUGUGUGUGUGUGUGUGUGUGUGUGUGUGUGUGUGUGUGUGUGUGUGUGUGUGUGUGCUCAAGGAUGAGCCCUGCAGAAUAUUGCACUCAUCAUCCGCUCAUCAGCUGACCACAACUCCUCCGCUUUACAAGUGUAAAUGAAUUAGAGAAAACACGCUCGCUCGCUAUUGAGAGAGAGAGAGAGAGAGAGAGAGAGAGAGAGAGAGAGAGAGAGAGAGAGAGAGAGAGAGAGAGAGAGAGAGAGAGAGCCGGUUCACACAGACAAAAUGAUAGUUUCAUGAUCACUUCUAGUCAUCAACAGUUUACGCCAUACCAUCGUGAAUCAUCUUACCUGCAUGAGACACAUAGCCUGGUUGCUGCACUUUUACUUCUGAAGGCCAAGGUAUCGCCGCGCAUCUGGAUUGUUCUUUUGAUGGCUGGAAGGCAAGAAGAAUUACUGAAUGGCGUGGUGAGCUGAAUCUAGAAUAAAUGGAUUUGUUUGGACAAGGAACAUUUGUAAAAUUCGAUCCCUCCAGUUACUCAUUUGGUAAAAAAAAAAAUGGAAAUUAAACAAAAUAUAUAUAUAUAUAUAUAUAUAUAUAUAUAUAUAUAUAUAUAUAUAUAUAUAUAUAUAUAUAUAUAUAUAUAUAUAUGCACGUGCGAUUUCGCUUCGUUCUCUAAUGAAAUUAAUCCAUAAACAUCAGUCAUUGGAAGAGAAAACUGAUAAAUUAUGUCUUUAUUGCGAAUUCUUUCACCCGGGUUUAGUUUGUCAGUGGAAAGUAUCUAAGGAAAACGCCAACAUUUUGUUAGUGUGAGCCGGUCUUAGUAUCAAGAACUUAACUGAGCGUCGCCUUUUUUAGUAUAUAUAUAAUGAACACCCACUUCCUAGUACAGCGUGUACCUCACUCAUAAAGCUGCAUCUCCUCGAAUGACGUUUUAUCAUCUUUUCUCAUCGUGGAAGGAACGUUCCGUGUAAGUCGAUCCAUGAACUGGGAAAUAAAGAUAAAUACACUUCUCGUGAAAAUGUACCAGUUUGCGGAGGGAAAGAUAUUACGAUGAGCGGAAUUCGAGAGAUGUUUGCGUCUGCGCCUUAACGCCGUCUUCACCGAUGCCUUAUUCUGACCACUGUCUCCCGCACACAGGUUCCCGCGCACACACCUCACACAGGGACCAUUCCGCUCUUUAGUCUUGACUGUCUAUACCUGACGAUAGGCCUUCUCAAGAGAUCAGUGAAAGACUGGAACUUUAGAAUCAUUUCCAUCGAUGAAAGUACUCCCCAUUUUAGGUUUGUCUGGGUUGUGUGGUAAUGAGAAUUACUUAGUGUAUAAUAUUGAAGCUUAUUAGUCCAUAGUUCCUUCUGUCCUCUUCCCUAUCAACCUAGGAUUUGUGUGUUGAUCUUUCCACGUGCACGACAGAUGACAAAAUAUGGAGAAAGAAAGAGAAAAAAAAAGAGUAAGUGACACUUUCACACUUUACAUAUUCGACACUUUGAGGCCAUUAAUAGUGACGCAUGUAGUAUGUUGGAGUGGUUUUUUUUUUUCCUAAUUCUUAAGGAGGGAAGAUCGGAGGCAGGGCAAGGGUAGGGAUACAAGGUACAAGGGAGAAACACGUAAGGAAGAGUGAGAGAUAAUCUGAACACUACAGUAGUUUUACAAUGCAGUCUCUCUGAUUCUCCUUUACUACUUUUCUUCGACGUGAAAUUCCGGACCGAGUUCUCAAACGUUUAACAUCAUACGUCAAGUAGUCCUUACCUGGCUCCAGCUGAAAUUAUUGGGGUUUUCAAGAGUGUUUCUAUAAUUCUAGUUAUAAGAUAGCGUUUCACUAAGAUUCUGCACCAUCAGUAGAAAGAGAAACACUCAUGGGAAUUCGAUUAAUCAUCUCUGUGGCCUUUGAAAGUAACUGUUAUGAAUGAAAGCUCGUAACGUUUCAAAAUUCGAGCCGAUAAGUGGUGAAGGACGAAUUUUUGAUACCUUCCCACUCGCAGACACGCGGUAAACGAUGCUUGUCUUUCCCCGUCACGGAACACAUUAGCUGUUCCAUCUCUCCUUAGCUCUUCGGGGAAGUUCUCAGUACAUAAAUACAAGUUGGUGAGGUAUUUAUAGGGUGGAUGCUAACCAAAGAAUUCAGCGAUGUAUUUGUAUAUAUAGAGAUGAUAGGAGUAAUAAUAAUAAUAAUAAUAAUAGUAAUAAUAAUAAUAAUAAUAAUAAUAAUAAUAAUAAUAAUAAUAAUAAUAAUAAUAGUAAUAAUAAUAAUGAUAAUGAAUUGUUCACUUUUUUCGAUAUACACAUUGAUGUUUGCGCGUCAGUAUUUCAUAUAAUGCACACAAACAAAUAGACACACACACACACACACACACACACACACACACACACACACACACACACACACACACACACACACAGACACACACACACACACACUAGGCAAGAAGAAAUUUCAAGCCGACAUUUUCAAUUGUAUCUCAGGGCGAGCGAGUUAAUAUGAAAAGGUGUCCUGUGUUCGUUAUUUCGCUUACUGGUAUAAAUUUUAGAAGUCAGCAAGCUAAGCAAAGAACACAUAAACACGUAUACACACACACACACACACACACACACACACACACACACACACACACACACACACACACACACAUUUGCACUGUAUUUUAGGGACCACUAUUUCAUGGUAUGUCAAGCAGAAAAUUAAGAAGAGGAAGAGAUUUGCUGUUUUGUCCUGUUUCCUUUGAUGACACAUAUUGUGGAUCAUGCUUUUUCGUGUCGAUUGAUUAGUACAGUACUUCACAGUCUUCCGGAGACGUAGGGAAAAUACCAAGGCAAAAUACCAAGGAAUUAACCCAAUACUAAACCGCAGAAAACACUAAACGGGUAUCGAUCGGGGAGGGGCAAGUACGUCUACAAACUGAAAGGUUUUUAACGCCACUACUUAAUAGAACAUGCAUAAAGUAAUGUUGUAUUUGGAUACUUUGUACUACUACAUUAUUAUUGCUAUAACCACACGUACACUCACGUAGUCUUAUUCUGUUGUGAUAGUCAGCUUUGAGGAGGCAUAGCAAGUGUCACUACUUGCAAUGUCACCAACGGAAUUCAUUGCCUUAGCCACAGCGUGCGUCACUCACCUGAAUGAGACGCUAGUUUAAUGUUAAUGAUAAUAAAAUACUAUAAUCAAAACUAACUUUUCACGCUUAGAAUAUUAGUACUUGUUAGUCACUUGUUUGCGUGUAUGUGUGUGUGUGUGUGUGUGUGUGUGUGUGUGUGUGUGUGUGUGUGUGUGUGUGUGUGUGUGUGUGUUGCUAGGGAAAAUGCAGUAUUUGUUCACGUAGCAUGUACUGAACACAAGCGGCGCGUCAGACUGUGAGAGUGGAUGGCCGUGAGACAGAGUUAAUGCUAUUUCACCCCACACACAUCACACAACCUACUAGUUGGAAUUUUUUCCCUUUUGUAAAUAGUGUACAACGUGUAAGUUAGUGAAACGAAACAAUACAAAAUAAAAACUGAAAAAAAAAAACAUAAAUACAUGAUUGAAAGGUGAGGUUCUCUACCUUGCUGAUAGAAAAUUCUGCUACCAUUGACUCCUUUGAUUCAAAUCUUUAGACCUUUCUUGAUAUUCUUUUCCACGUGGCUUGUUUACUUUAUUUUCUUGUUUUCGGAGGUGCCAGCACACGAGCAUACACCCGCAGGACACUGCAGUGAAUACGUGUGGAGGAAGCAGAGGCAGUUCAGGUGAAACACAGUGGACGUGAUAUUCUGUUGGACCGAGUGGCGUGAGUGUCCUGCAUGAAGGUGGUAGCCCAGUGUUGGCACCUCUCGAGCGUUCUGAGGGUGAGAAGAGGUGGGAGGCUGCCCGCUGUUCACUCCCCCAACAGAUGUGUACUCUAUGUGAUAACCUUAGAUUAAAAGGAAUAGAUAUAAAUAUAAACGAGGCACGGAAAUGAU